CAGAGUGCACUGUGGGUGGAGGUUGAGAGGUGUGUGGAGGCCGAAGUCCCAGUUCAGCCGCUUUCUGACUGAAGUACCUAGACCAAUCUUUAGAAAAUUGCGCUAGUGCCGGUGCCGUUCGAUGAAGUAGAAGUAAAAUGAAGGAUUUUCGUGGCUCUCGGCCGCUGUCGCGCAAAUUGAAGCUGCUUGCAUCAUUGGCGAGCGAGGGCAACGUAACCUCUACGGGAGCACUGUCAUGCUCAACAAGCGCACCGGUGGUGACCAAAUCAGCAAGUCCGACGGCAAUUUUAGGCGAGAAGUUCAGGAGACUAAUGGAUUGGUAUGAAGAGGUCACAGGACUGAAGGAAGUGCGCGUGUCACAAGAUAAGGUCCUGAAAGCGGAGAAUCGUUUCAUCACCUCUCAAGAUGCUAGGCGUAACAUUAGUAAGGAAUUGGCUGUGGUUAGAGAUAAAUUGAAAGACAUAUAUGCUGAAUUGGAUCAAACAUCUAGAGGGGAAGACCGUUAUGUUACAUUGAUAACACAAGAACACAAAGUUUUGAAGGACGAACGAAGGCUAGCUGAACUCUUUAAUUGUUACGAACAAGAGGAACGAGAAAACUUCUCAUUUCUAUCUUCAGCUGUGAAAGAAAGCCACGAAAAGGAAAGAAUUCAGGCUGAACGGACUAAAUAUUGGUCCAUUAUUGGCUCUAUUAUGGGUACGAUGAUAGGCAUUGCUGGGAGUUCCAUCAACAAUGAAUUCAAAAUGCGAGAACUGAGGAAACUUGUUAAAGAAUCUGCACAAGCUACUAUAGCCUCACGCCAGGAAGCCGAUUUUCCAAAAGAUUUGCUUACUAUCACAAAUGAUGUUAAGGAUGUUACCCAAAGAUUAGCGCAAGAACAAACUAAUAUUAUGGCAGCGAUUCAGGCUCAUAGUAACAAGAUGGACAGUGAAUAUAAUAAAAUUCAAAAGUAUUCUGAAAAUAGAAUUCAUGUUUUGAGUGAUGGAACCGUGUUCAACAUUGAUGAACUUCUUGAAGCUCACCGUAAAGAAAGUAGAAUUUUGGCUGCCAUCUGUUUAUCAUCAAUAGCAUGUGUUUUUGUUCUGUCCAAAGUAAUGAGCUAGUUGUAGCAUCUACUUAUGAUUCAAUUGCCAGUGAUAUUCUGAUAAUAGUUUGAUUAUUUUGAAAUAUUUGUGAUGUAAUCUAUUGAUAGAUCUUACGACCCUUUUUCCAUGCAUUAUACUUUGUAGACUGAAUAUACUCUUGCCUAAAAUUUUUUGAAGUGUUUUAAGUGGAUAGUAUAUACUUGCCUGUUUGAACAUGAUGAUGGAUGUGAAUAAUUUAUGCUUUUGUCAAUAAAGGUUGUGUAACUUUA